GAGAGGGGUGGAGCAGGACCCGCUGCCAUCGGCAACAACUGCUGGCUCCACUCCUGCCAGCCCUCUGCCCCUACUGAGCCUGCCGGACCACUGCCGCCGUUGUCUGCUGUGCUCGGCCACCGGCCACCGACAAGGCACAGCCACAAUGCAUCUCCUCCUCCUCCUGGGCCUGAUGCUUCUCAGCCCUCUGGUCACCACCCUUGGUCACCACCACCGCCGUGAGCUGAAGAAGAAAGUCAAGGAACACCCCAUGGACACCACGGCAGCUACCAGCAGCAGGGACUUUGCCUUUGACCUCUACAGAGCCUUGGCGUCUGCUGCCCCGGGACAGAACAUCUUCUUCUCCCCCCUGAGCAUUACCACGGCCCUGGCCAUGGUCUCCCUGGGGGCCAGGUCCAACACGAAGACUCAGAUCCUGGAGGCCCUGGGCCUCAACCUCCAGGAAACCCCAGAGGAGGAGCUCCACAGAGGCUUCCAGCAGCAGCUGCAGGAGCUCGGCCAGCCCAGGGACGGCUUCCAGCUGAGCCUUGGCAACGCCCUGUUCAUGGACCAGAAGCUGGGCCUUCAGGAGGACUUCCUGAGUGCCGUGAAGACCCUGUACCUGGCGGACACCUUCCCCACCAACUUUGGGGACCCCACAGGGGCUAUGAAGCACAUCAAUGAUUAUGUGGCAAAGAAAACUCAAGGCAAGAUUGUGCACUUGGUCAAGGACCUGGAUCCGACAGCCGUUGCCGUUAUGGUGAAUUACAUUUUCUUCAAAGCUAAGUGGGAGACAAGCUUCAGCCGCCAAAGCACCCAAGAGCAGGACUUCUACGUGAACUCGGAGACGGUGGUGCAGGUGCCCAUGAUGAGCCACGAGGACUUGUACUACUACCUCCACGACUGGACCCUCUCCUGCAGGGUGGUGGGGGUCCCCUACCAAGGGAACGCCACCGCUCUGCUCAUUCUGCCCAGCGAGGGCAAGAUGGAGCAGGUGGAGAAUGGACUGAAUGAGAAAACGCUGAGGAAGUGGCUCAAGAUGUUCAGAAAGAGGCAGCUCCAGCUUUACUUCCCCAGGUUCUCCAUCACAGGCUCCUAUCAGCUGGAGAAAGUCCUCCCGAACCUGGGCAUCCGAGACAUCUUCUCCUCCUUCGCUGAUCUGACCGGAAUGACUAACCACUCGAGCAUUCAGAUUUCUGAGCCCCAGUGGCUCAGCGAUGCCUGGCGUCUCUCCGGCAGAUGGUGCACAAAGCCGUGGUGGAAGUGGACGAGUCGGGAACCACGGCCGCCGCCGCCACCGGGAUGGUCAUCAUGUUCCGGUCGGCACAGCUGAGCACCCCCAGGAUCGUUUUCAACAGGCCCUUCCUGUUAGUCAUUGCGAAACGUGAUUGUGUCCUCUUCCUCGGCAAAUUCAUCUACCCCUGAGGUGGGGGCUCGACCUGAAAGACCACAGGCCUCCAGGAUAUGAGGGGUGGGUGUUGUCCACCAUGCCCCGCCUGUCUGCUGGUAGCUACUGCUGUACACAGGUUUAGUUAGCUAGAGAGAUAUCCCAGAUAAUUAUAUCAUUGAUAUACUGAUGAUUCUUCUUUUCACACAAUCACAAGACAUGAACUCGUGCCUCGGAGAAACUUGCAGAACAUUUGGUCUUGUCCUCACCUUUUCAUCAAUGAAAAAUAGCCCUGAAACCCAGAGAGGCUGGGUGACUUGCCCAAGGUCACACAGCAGCAAAGAGAGGCCAAGAUCCUUGGGCUCCUGAAACCUAGCCCAGUGCCACAAGCUCUGUAAAGGGGUUGUUUGGUAGAUGAGGGCUCCCAGGAGGCAUAUUUCCAAGUCUAUCAGCAACUCUAGAUGUAGGUUCAUCAUGGAUUGGAAAGAGAACUGGAAUGGGAGUUAGGAAACUGACUUCCAUCCCAGUCCUAACCAGCUUGUGAUAUUGAGGUGACACUAUCCCUCUCUGGACCUUGAUUUCCCCAUCUAUACUUUGAAGAAACAGGGCAAGGGACCCUUCAAGGAUUCUUAAGGUACUAAAACUAAAUGAGCCCUUGAAAUCACAGAGAAAGCUUGAAGUGUUCCCUGCUAAUCACAGCUGAUUUCAAUACACGUGAGUGCUACUCACUCAUUAGAAAAGCAAGUGGACAGCAGGGCAGAAAUUCUGGGGGUUAAGUUAUAAUCCCACGGGCCUGGCUGAGGGUGGGAACGGGAAGACGGAGGCCUGUUGCAAAUGGUAGCGUGUCAGUUGGACACUGAUGACUAACUUUUUGAAUUUUAGUGUCAGCAAUAACAAUAAAGCAUCUGGCAAACACCAA